AUGUCCUGGCACUGGCAGCCUUAUCACCUGCAGCUACCCUCCUGCCCGGCACUCUACGUCGACUUGGUAGAGCCACUCAGGAUAGACUUUGAAGCUUUGCUGAGCACGGCUGUGGAUGCUUGUGCUAGCGAUGCUAGACAGCCCGCGAAAUUGCUCUGGGAGCACGGUGUGUUCAGGAGCAUCUUCGAGCCUGGCGAUGUGGUGGGCUGGGAAGACACUUUUAUGUUGCCCGAUCUGCCUGUGCCGGAUGAUCCCGAAGCAAUUCUCCCACCUUCAGAAAAGAAGAGGCGUCUUAGAGAAAGUGGCCUCGUUCCUGGAGUGUGUUUUGCGGUGGUACGGAAAAGCCACGGCAUAUCUUGGCAAGAUCAGCGUGACAAGGACCACGACCGGGCCAUGGCUCGAUGGACCUUUGUUAUCUUGAGGUGGGCCGACCUUCGCCCGGACCUCUUGAUCUGCAAGAGUUUGCUUGAGUGUGCUACCGCAGAAGAACGUACGGAAGUUCUUCGGGGAUGGUCCGACGAGAUUUUUCCAUAUGAAGAGGGCAAUGUUUACAAGCACAUGGUUGCAGCCAGAGCUGGCGGAGCGAAGCCGGCACAGAUGCGUGCGCUUCGUGAAGCGUUGAUCUUCGUUCGACAUGUCUUCUCAAUUGAGGAGAUUGAGGACGUGAUAUCCAGCAGGCGGUGUCUUGGUGCAGCAUCGAGGGGUGCACGGCGGAAGGCGCGCCGAAGGGCAGACCCUUUGACCUUGAAGAAUUUGAGGCUGCUCCAUUCCAUGUUGGGGGACAAGAGUGUCCCCGCUUGGGAUCGUGUUUUCGCGGGAGCAGCUUUGUGCUGCGCGUACAUGCGAUCACGAGGGUCCGAUUUUCAGCACUCUAUCUCGUGUGGGCUGGAGUGCGGGGAUGAUGGUGAGAGGCUCUUCCUGGAAUUCACCUGUGAGGACUACAAAACGGUCAACUCUAAAUUCUUUGCGGGUGCACCGCUUCGUAUGAUCGCUCCUGGACGGGGUAUUGCUGGGCCGAACUGGCUCGAUUUGUGGCACGAGGCUCGAGUGGAGGAGAUGUCUUUAUGGCUUCAGAAGAUCUUCGUCGACCGUGGAUCACUCAGAACAUCUGGCCACACGCUGAAGAGGACCUUCCUUACCAUGGCGACAAAGCGUGGCGUUGAGCACUUGGACCAGUUGGUUCUGGGAGGACACGCAAACUCUGCCGGGAUGGCCGACACUUAUGGCGAUGACGAGUUGGCACGCCCCCUCCGCCUGCUCAUGGCCUUGAUCUCAGAGAUCCGAGAGGGUGUCUUUGAUCCAGAUGCUGGUCGCGCGGGUUAUUUGCGUGGGAGUGGCUUGGAAGAGCUUCGAUUGGGCUUUGUUGCCCAGACGGAAGAUCGUCACCCUCCCUCCGCUGUGUCAUGGGAGAGGGUGACGGGUGACGACGACACGUUUGGCUUGAUCGACGCUCUUGAUAAGGAAGUACCGAGUCAGCCAGGCGUCUUCUUUCCGGGCGAAGCUGACGAGAACCUUAUGGGGCAGGAUUCUGUCGAUGAGCCACCCGAAGCUGAGGUGGGUGACGGCGGUGUAUCCUCUUUGGAUGCAGAAGACGACAAACUCACCGGCGAGGAUUCUGACUCUUCUAGUUCGAGUGGAUCAAGUGACUCAGGUGACAGCUCCGGAAGUGAUGACGAACCGGCUCGGAUUAUGCCGCCGCCGGAGCCUGCGGAAGGCACAACAUUUUUGCAGCAUCAGAGAACUCGCUUACUACACAUGAUUGCUGACAACAACCGCCGCGUACUGAUGUGUGGGCGGAUGGUUAGCGACUUGUACAGUCUUCCACAGCGAAUCAGGUUUGACUCAUCAGUGUGCCGCAACUGCAAGAAGGCAGUGGCGGUGAUGCUGCCUGUUCUUGCGGAACACAGCCCUGAAUUCUCGGCUGACCUGGUGCUCGAGCCGUCUUUAGGGAGCGGCAUGUCGCUGGUUGACAGUGAGGCUUCAUUUCGACAGCGAUGUCAGGACGUCGGCGGUGGUGCGAUUCACACUGCACUGUCUGACCAAGGGAUCACUUCCUUUGCCUCGCUUGCAUACUCCUGUGGCACGCCUCAGGAUCGACCCUCACAGGCACAGGCGGAAAUGGACGCAUUUGCAGUAAAGAUAUUGGGGGCUGCUCCCCGUUUGGGGGAUGUUUCAAUCUUGAAGCGAUUGAUGUUCGAGUCAGCCACAUAUGUCAUAGCUCAGUUGCGUCAAGCUGUGCAAGGGGACUCCGCCGAACAACCUCGAAAGCUUCCACUCGCUGAAAAACAGGCCAGGGCCGAGGAUCAGCGCCGUCGGCUUAGUGGAGUGCAUAUAGAGCGUGAUUUGGUCCCUUCCCAUGCUUUGGUGGACCUCUGCUGUCACAUGCAUGAUGUGGGCAUUACUUGGAUAUCGCCGGGCAAAUGCACCAGCCGCGAAUCAGAAAUUCAGCUUUCAACGAAGGACAUUGCUUCUUAUGAUUCGCCGAUCAAGUUGCAGUGGUGCCUUCAGCGCCGCGGUCUGGCCUUGGACCAGGAGUGUCCUCCGGGGUUCCACAAGCCUGAUAUGAAUCGCAUUGUGCAGGCCGAUCGUGAGGCCUGGUUGAUCAUGGCGUCCGAGGUGCCAUCACUUAAGCCCAGUGCUGCUGGCGAGUACCCUCUGGGUAAGGCUUUGGAUGCUUUGAGGACUGACCCUCGGAUCACCAUGUACUUGAUGGCUACUUGGGGCCGUGCACCGGAUGUUAAGGUUCAGGACAUUGAGCAAGGCUCCCCUGCUAAGCCAGGUGAAGGUAUGUCCCGAGCAGCCAAGCGCCGUCGACGUGCAAAGGAGGCGGCUACUGCCGCCAAGCAUACAACGCCUGCUGGACGGGGCACAGGCGCUCAGGCUACUGCUGCACAGGCUACAAAGACACGCACCAUGCCAGCUGAACUCAAGGAUGCCCAUCAGAAAACUGAGGACGGCAAGCCCAUUUGUUGGGACCAUAAUUGUGCCGGCUGCAAGGCCAAGACUGAAGGAGACCCACCGCGCUGCCCUCGGGGUGUCCAUGUUUGUGCUUACUGUCGCCGAGCGGCUGCCAUUUCUGGCUAUGGCCCACACUCAGUGGGAUUUCAUUUUUCCCCCGCCGCCACUUCUGAGGUUGCCGAUGUGUUGGCACCCGCGCAGGCGAUAGCAUUGCAAUGCCUUCAGGCCGGUUUUGCUAGUCAUGACGAUUUUCGAAGCUUGAUCGCUUUGCUCCCUGCGGACACUGCCGGCGCCCCGUCAGAAGAAUCUGUGGACCCGACAGCUCCCAAAUCUUUCACAUCCGGCGCAUAUGUCCAUCAGGCCAAAGCCGGAUUGCGUUCUAAUUUUCACGCCUUUCCUUUCAGCACUAUGCUUCUCGCCGCCGUCUUGUCGGCGUCUUUUUGCUCUCGCUGCUUCUCGUCUGUUGGACUUUUCUUGAAUUUGAAGGCGCCUCUGCACAACGACGCCAACAACGAUCAUGCCCACCCCAACCUGAUCUUGCCUGCCUCUGUUUUCCACAAUGGCCAGAUUUGGGUUGAGGGUAAAGGCGGGUGCCCGUGCCCCGACCCCGGCGUGCCACGUCUGGGCUACUUGCUGCCUGUUGCCGAUGGCCCACAGUUGCUUCCUUCAGAGCGGUUGCACGUUGAGUCCGGAUCGGCCUCAGACGAUGUGCUCCCUGUGCCACCGCCCAAGCAUACUGGACUGCAGGAGGCCUUUCCUCAACAGGCCACGCCACUGGUCAUCGAGAUCUUUGCCGGCACGGCUCGGCUUAGCACUGCCUGUCAAAAGCUGGGCUUCCGAACGCUUGCAAUCGAUAAAUCCACCGCACGUGGACGCUUCCCCAUACAACGUCUUGACCUCACCGAUGCUGACGACCUUUGCAUUCUUCUGGUUAUUAUCCGUCUUGAGGCGGCCAAUAUUGUCUGGAUUCAUUGUGCGCCGCCGUGUGGCACCGCGUCUGCGGCGCGCUCCAGACCCAUUCCGGAAUUGACGGCUGCUGGUGUUCGGGUGCCGCAGCCUUUGCGCAGUACUUCCGAACCCGAAGGACUCUCCACUUUGACCGGCGCGGAUCUUGAACGGGUCCAGCAGGCCAAUAUGCUCUACCGUGCUGUCGGGCAAAUUGCUGACCUGGCUCGACAAUUGAACAUCUUCGUCACCGUGGAAAACCCGCGCAACUCUUUGGCUUGGUUGUGUGAUGGUCUGGACGAUCUGUUCCGAUCACCACAUCACACCGUGGUCUACGAUGCCUGCAUGCAUGGUGGCACACGUGACAAAACCACCUUGUUGUGGUGCUCUGAUGAUUGGUUUCAGCCUCUCGCUCUUCGGUGCUCACGCGACCACCAGCACGCUUCAUGGAAACCUCGUUUACAACCACAUGCUACCUCUUUCCCGACUGCCGAUGAAGCUGCAUAUCCGGUGCUGCUUUGUGAACGAAUGGCCCACAUCAUUGCCGAACGUGCUGGUGGACUAGCGCUUGCUGCGCCCGACCCACGCCCUUUUUCGCAGGUAUACUUGCAGCGACAGCCUCGUUUUGCACGGCCCUUGGUUGCCUGCUAUUCUGGAAGUGAUGACUGGGCCAUCCCUGUUCGAUCCGAUGAUCUUACCUCCACACUGCUGGCUUGCUACCCAAAGGGAGCGCGCAUUAUUCAACGCAAACUUGUGUCCUGGGGUAUGGUGCGGGUUUGCGUGCCUUCCAAAUGCACAGGCAUCGACUUGUCAUCGUUGCAUUCCAAAUACCCCCAACGGGUGAAGAUCGCUGAUUGUACUGAGGAGGACCACCUCAAGCAUGACGAAACAGUCGCGAUAAUGGGUUUCAUUGGGGCAGACGAUCCGUGCUCCGAGCAUGCGGAGAUUGUUUCUGUUGGAAUACCUAAAGAACCCUGCGACUUUGUGGCGGAUGCCGUGAAGGCUGGACAUCCUAGGAAUGCUCUGAACGCGAGCCGGGAAGGACCUUCUUCCAAAGUUGCAGAUGCCAUUCUCAUGGAUUUCGAACAGAGGGAGCGGCUUGCCUCAAAAACCAAGGAUCGUUGGAGUCGGAUUGCGGCUACAACUAAGCCCUUGAAUCAGAACAUGUUGAAGAACAAACCGGACUACAUUGUGACCGCGUUAGGGGAUAAGAAUCUUUUGGCCUGGAAAAGUAUUCUUGGUGACAAUGGCUUCCCGGACCAACAACUCUGGUCCGACCUGCGCGAUGGACUUAGACUGACUGGCUGGAUGCGGGACACGGGAAUCUUCGACAAGAAAGUCCGUCCCCCACAUACAUCGCUGGAGCACCUGCAAAGUCAAUCCCAGUACCAAACACCGUUGACCUUGAAAAGGCUACAGAAGACUGUUGUUGACAUCACGGCACGCAAGGCGUGGGCUGAAACGGUGGAGGAGGAGAAAAAGGGAUGGAUCUUUCGGGAUGAAAAUGCAAAUCUCGAUGACAUAGUCUUGGCUCAUCGUUUCGGCUUGCAGCAGAUGGACAAAGUUCGUGUAAUCGACAACGGCAAGGAGUGUGGCCUCAACUUGGCUUGUGGGCUACCAGAGAAGUUCACCUUGCAUGGAGUAGACGUGCUUGCUGGAGUUUUCAUCGAGUUGCUCAACCGUCCUGAAGCUGCCGGCAAAAGGAUCAAAGGGAAAACCAUAGAUCUGGUCUCUGCGUACAAAUUUUAUCCAAUCCACCCUCAAGACAGGCGUCAUCUGAGGAUCGGGGUCUAUGACACAGACUCUGGCAUAGUCAGGAUUUAUGGAACCAACGUUCUUCCUUUCGGUGCCACCGGAAGUGUGGCAGGUUUCCUGCGAGUUUCGGCGGCGAUUUGGCAUACGGGCAUCCAGGACCUUGGCCUGGGAUGGUGUGCCUACUUUGACGAUUUUCCUUUGAUGGCCCUUGAAGGUCAUGAAGACCAGGUUGGAGGAUUGGCUGGAGAAGUGUUUGACGCACUGGGGAUCCAAUACGCAAAGGAGGGGAAGAAGGCCACUGACUUUGAUUACACUUUUGCCGCCCUGGGAUUGCAGUAUGACUUGACGAGAUUCAAUGAGGGGGUGGUCAUCAUUCGGCAUACGGAAGCACGUACUGCUGAGCUGGUGGAGACGCUCGAGGGAAUCUUACGUGAUGCUGUACUCCGACCCAAGGAUGCGGAAGUUUUGAGGGGAAGGAUGCAUUGGUUUACUUCGUAUCUUUUCGGUCGUGCACCGUGCGAGGCGAUGAGACAGAUAUCCUUGAGGGCUCAAUGCAUGGACUCAUGCACACGGCUCACUGACGACCUGACCGAGGCGAUUCAAACCUUGCUCCGCUACGUGGUGGACUCCAGGCCAUUAGAGCUGAGGCAGACGACAGGGCGCGAGAUGUAUGUUUUUACAGAUGGCUCGUAUGAGCCCACGGCUGAGAAGCGAGCCGGCAUUGGUGGCGUCCUCUAUGACAGCGCUGGCACGCCAUUGUCCUUCUUCUCUGCACAGGUGAACGAGGACGAUCUGCGGGCUCUUGAGGAAACUUCUGAUCAUCCGAUAUAUGAGGUGGAACUGUAUGCCGCAUUGGUUGCAUUUGAGAUUUGGGGACCCUUAUUGGAGGAUUCCUUUUCCGUUUUUUACCUUGAUAACGAGGCCGCUCAGUCAGCACUCAAUGCGGGCCGUUCGGGCACGGAUCAUGGAAGGAAGCUGGUCCAACGUUUCUUGGACGCCGAGCACAGGUGGCGGGCAAGGCCGUGGUUCGGGCGAGUCCCGACCCACUCGAAUCCAGCGGAUGAGCCAAGCCGCGACUGCUGCAAAAGGCUCUUGAAUCAAGGCGCUCAGCGGAUGCAUACUAGUGGUGAGAAGAUGCUUGUUUGA